UGGCCUUUGCAGACAUGUGCUUGUGUGACGUCUCGCCUUAUGAAUAUUCAUAUUCUUUUAAAACAACAUGGCGGCGCACAUGUGCCUUCAAGUCUUUGCUGGCUGCUACGAAAGGACCACUUUCGGAUACGAUUUAUUGGAAAAUGAAUCGGAGGAUGGUUGCCAGUAUUCCUUCAAAGGGAGGUUUACAAACAAUGCCCACACCGGCUGCAUCAAAUCCCUGGCCGCAAGCAGUCGUCACUUAGCCUCGGGGAGCACCGAUGAACUUGUCAAUCUUUAUGAUCUGGAGAAGAAUGUUGAGCUGGGAUCUCUCCUGCAGCAUGAUGGUUCUGUGACAUCACUAAGUUACCAUGACGAUGGCCACAUGGUCAGUGGUGGAGAAGAUGGGGUCAUUUGCAUAUGGGGCACCAAGAACUGGGAGUGUAUGAAGAUUCUCAAGGGCCACAAAGAUGCUGUUAACUCAGUAGCAGUACACCCUUCUGGUAAGAUAGCCCUCUCCGUCAGCAAAGACAAGACGUUACGGACGUGGAACUUACUCAAAGGCAGAGCAGCUUACACAACCAAUAUUAAGAAAGUUUCGGACAUCGUUCUAUGGUCACCCGAUGGUCAGCUCUAUGCGGUCAUCACUAACGACCUUGUGGAGAUCUAUGACAUCACUACUGCUACCGUCUGCUGCUCGUACAAAAGCAAUGUCAAGAUACUCUCUGCAUGUUUCCUAACAGUAAGUAGGCCAUAUUUAUAAGAUGAAACAAAAACUAUAAAUGUAAACCUCUGUAAAAGACUAGUCUCACGUAAUGAGCAAUGAUACUA